AUAUCCGUUGUGUAUAUAUGGAGAGAACGCUACACACGCAGACAGCAGCAUCUUAAGCGAGUCAAACAUGACGGUCAUGUACCAGGUCACUAUCGGCACUGGCGAUGUGUUCUUCGCUGGGACAAAGGAUCAUAUAUCCGUGAUGUUAGUGGGAACACUUGGCAGCUCCGAGAAGGUUGUCAUCGGGAACUGGCUACCGCUCUGGAGAGGCGGGACCCACAGCAUGCACUUGACGACCAAGUCUGAGCUCGGGGACAUCCUGCUGGUGAAACUCUUCAAGGAUACGUUUCUGUUUGGUGAGGACGACUGGUACUGCAGUUCUGUGCAGGUGGAAGCCGCAAACAAAAUGAUCUACCACUUCCCCAGCUACAGCUGGGUCACUGAUUCAACCCCGCUGGAGAUCAUUGAAGGAACUGCCCGGAAAAGACACGAGUACAAAUCUCCCACCUUGGAACAAUACUGGAUGAAAGAAAUGCAGAAGAGGCAAGAGGAAUACCAAUGGGCUGUCUAUGCACCAGGUGUUCCCCACAAAAUCCACUGUAAUAAUGCCGCGGACUUGCCGGUAAAUGCCAAGAUCCCACUUGAAAGACCAAUGGGCUUGUUACUCACCAUUCAGGAGGCCAUUUCACAGCAGCGUGUGCAUGAAGAGGAACGUUCUCAGUUUGAGGUUCGGAGAACCUACGUAAGUUCAGUCAAAGACUUUGUGACGAAGCAUUGGCAAGAAGACAAGUUAUUUGGUUAUCAGUUCCUGAACGGAUCGAACCCCAUUCUCAUCAAACAGUGUAAAAAGAUUCCAGAAAAUUUCCCCGUUACAGAGCAAAUGGUUGGCCCCUUUCUUGGGCCAAAAACCAGUCUGCAGCAGGAAGUCCAGAAAGGUAAUAUAUACCUUGUUGACUACGAGAUGCUGGAUGGAAUUAAAGCCAAUUCGGAAGCUGGCCACAAAUAUCUUGGAGCACCAAUGUGUCUUCUGUACGUGAAUCCAAUAAACGAUCUACUCCCCAUUGCCAUCCAGAUCACCCAGCAUCCUGGGCCGGAUUGCCCGAUAUUUCUCCCGAGCGAUAGCGAGUACGACUGGAUUCUGGCCAAGAUGUGGGUCCGCAACGCUGAUGUACAGGUUCACCAGCUGGUCUCACACUUGCUCAGGACGCACCUGUUUGGUGAAAUCUUUUGCAUUGCAACUUUACGCCAGCUCGCAAGUGCACACCCGAUAUUCAAGCUUUUGAUGCCUCAUGUGAAUUAUACUUUGCACAUCAAUAUUGCAGCAAGGGAACUCCUCAUCUCCAAAGAUGGCGUCUUUGAUCAGGGAUUCUCUUCCGGAGGGAAUGCCAUUCUGCAGGUCUUGCAGCGCGGUCUGGAGCGCGCUACCUACGAAUCUAUGUGUCUCCCAGACAAUCUGGCUGCUCGAGGAGUGGAAAAGAUCCCCAAUUAUUACUUCAGAGAUGAUGCUCAGAAGAUCUGGCUGGCCAUCAACAAGUUUACAGAAAACAUUGUUGACCUUUACUAUGAGAACGACACAAAUGUCCAGUGUGAUCCAGAACUUCAAGCCUGGGUGAAGGAGAUCUUCAUCGAAGGAUUAUUAUCCAAGCAAUCGUCAGGCUUCCCUUCAUCAUUCGACUCCAAGGCUGAACUCAUCAAGUUCCUAACCAUGGUCAUCUUCACCUGUUCCGGACAGCACUCUUCAGUAAACGUUGGACAGUAUGACUGGGGCUCCUGUGUACAAAACAGCCCUUCCAUUAUGGGGAAGCCUGCACCGACUAAAAAGGGCCAAGUCACCAAAGCAGAUAUCGCCGAGGCUUUGCCAAAGGGAAGUCAAAAAUUAACAGUGAUUGCAACCACCUUUCUGCUCAGUCAACCAACUCCCGUUAAAACCAAGCUGGGCACGUACGUGGAGGAGCGCUUCACUGAGCUGGAGGCAAGAGCGCACAUCUCAGACUUCCAGCAAGCCAUGCUGAAGAUCGAGGAGGAGAUUACAAAGAGGAACUCUGGCCUUCCUCUGGCCUACACUUAUCUCCUGCCCAGUUUGAUUGACAAUAGUGUGGCAGUCUAACCACGCCAUUGCACCGUCAUCUAACUGCUUCACGCUUUGCGUCGAGAUUAAUAUUAUAAUCGCAAAACUUUCAUUGCCAAAUUAAACCAGCCAAUCUCUCCUGCCCUCUGAUCAUCACCACACACACCCAGCCUGACAUUCCUUUCCCAAUGAAUUCCAAGGCCACUCUGCCCUUCCACCACCUCCACCUGGAACUUGAGUAGCAACUUGUUCACUCAGAGGGUGGUGGGUCUACGGAGGAGGUAGUUCAGGCAGAAACUGUAACAAUGUUUAAAAGGCAUUUGGACAGGCACAUAGAUAGGAAAAGUUUAGAGGGAUACGGGGCAAACAAAAUCAGGUGGGACCAGUGUAUAUGAGGCAUGUUGGUCAGCAUGGAAUUAGGCCGAAGGGCCUGUUUCUGUGCCGUAUGUCUGUAUUCUUCCAUUACCUGCUUUGCUGACAAGACUUUCCACACGUGUGCCUUUCAGAUGGUCUUCUUUACCCCUGUUUCUCCUCUGUCAUAUUUGAUCUUCUCCACCGAGAGUGCCCUAGGUCCAGUUUUCACGUCCUCUGCUGUCGAUCAGAUCAAGGGGACUAUUCAUUUUGUUCUUGCCUCCAUCUCCACUAGUCUCCCAUUGAAUAAAACCUCCCUCUAA